AAAAAUAAAAAAAAAACAAUAACAAGAAUCAAUGAGUCAUACUGUCAUAUUUUAGAGUGACGUUAUUAUUACAACUCAAAAUGCAAAAAAAAAAAGAUAAGUAAAGUUAUGAAACGUGAGACAAAGUAAACAUUAAUUUUCGAAAUUUUGUGAUUCAUCAAUAGGCUUGAAGUAAUAGUAAAAAAUAAAUUCUAUUUGACAGUGAUGUGUUUAUGUAAAUACGUGUCAAUACAUAGGCAAUGUAAAGAGAUAAAUAAAUAAACUAAAUUCCCUCGUUAUUUGAUAAAAAAUGAAUCAUUUUUAUUAAAUAAAAUUGUAAACUUAUUGUAUUGUAAAUUUAAAUUAUCAUGAAAUGUAUUGAAAGACAAAAAACUAAUAACUCCAAAGUAUUUUAACAUUGCAAAAAAUGUUAAAAUAUAAUUUUUUAUAAGACAAAAAACAUUUAUAUAUUUUUAUUUCAAUUGAAAUUGUAAUUUUUGUUUUUUUUUAUAAACACAUAAAUACUUUUUUAGAGUAUGUAAUUAUUAAAAAAAAAAAAAAAAAAUAUAAAGCCGCCAUUUGUAAAGCUAGACUAAGUAGAAAAAAAAAAAAAAAAAACAGUUGUAUAUUUAUGUGCAAAAGCAUGUUAAUAUAAAAAAAAAUAUUCCAAAAAUAUAAAUGCAGUAGAGAUUAUAAUAAUAUGGCUAUGAUGCACUCUCUAAACAUGGGAGAUAUUAUUCAUCUAAAUGUUGGAGGAACCAGAUUUUCAACAUCUCGUCAAACACUUACAUGGAUACCAGAUUCAUUUUUUACAGCAUUAUUGAGUAAUAGAAUAGCCAGUCGUCAAGAUGAAACUGGUGCAUUAUUUAUUGAUAGAGAUCCCAAGCUAUUUUCAAUAAUAUUAAAUUAUUUAAGAACACGUGAUAUUGAUUUAAAAAGUACUAAUAUUAAAAUAUUAAGACAUGAAGCUGAAUAUUACAGUUUAACACCAUUAAUUAAAAGAUUGGUACUAUGUGAAGAUUUAGUACAAUCAUCAUGUGGUGAUGUAUUAUUUUAUGGCUCAUUACCACCACCAAAUAUACCACUACAAGAAACAAUAAAUACACCAACAUGUAGUAGUGAUGUAUCAGUACAUGGUAGAACAUCAUCAUCAUCAUUAACAACAACAGCAUCAACAACAGCAACAACAUCAACAUCAACAUCAACACUAAGAACAGAAUCAUCACAAAUAAUAGCAUCAACUAAUAGCCAAGCAAAUAAUAAUAAUAGCAGCUCUAUACAAAAUCAAAAACCACCAUUAUCAAAUCAUACAAGAAAUUCAUCACUUGAUUAUAGAGUAUCACAAAGAGGUUUACCACAUUCACAUUCACGUAAUCCAUCAUUAGAUUUACGUCAUGUACGUAAUAGCUCAGCUGAUAUGAAUAAAAUGUUUAAAAAUGAUAUUGGUCUUGUAUUUAGUCAACAACAAGUUUCAGGAUGGGUUGAUCCUUUAAGAGUACAAAUAAUAAAAGCUCAUCAUAAUUGGAUUGUCAUUGGUUAUGCACAUUUUAUAACUUGUUAUCGUUUAAAAGAUUCAUCUGGAUGGCAACAUGUAUUUACAAGUCCUCAUAUUGAAUCAAUUAUUGAUAGAAUUGCAAUAAAUGCUAAAAUGGGUACAAGUGCUGAUGGUAAAAUGGUUGCAAUAUCAUAUGGUAGCCAAGUACGUCUUUGGAGUGUAUCUGAAGAUGGUAUUAAAACAAAUAUUGGUACAUUUAAUUUAAAAGUACGUGUUGAAUAUUUAUUUUUUAUUGGUAGCCAAUUAGUUGCAUUAUCACAAACUGGUAAAAUUGGAGUUUGGCAUGCAAUGUCACAACAUUGGCAAAUACAAGAUGUUGUAUCAAUUUCAUCAUUUGAUACUGCUGGAUCAUUUUUAUUACUUGGUUGUAAUAAUGGAUCAAUUUAUUAUAUAGAUAUGCAAAAAUUUCCACUACGAAUGAAAGACAAUGAUUUGCUUGUAACUGAAUUAUACAAAGAUCCAAAUCCUGAUCCAAUAACUGCAAUAUCUGUUUAUUUAACACCAAAAACGAGUCUCUGUGGAAAUUGGAUUGAAAUAGCAUAUGGAACAAAGUCUGGAAGUGUUAGAGUUAUUGUCCAGCAUCCAGAAACUGUAGGUCAUGGUCCUCAAUUAUUCCAAACUUUUACAGUUCAUCAAAGUAGUGUAACAAAGGUAACAUUGUCAGAAAAAUAUUUGGUAUCAGUAUGUUCUGAAUAUAAUCAUGUCAGAAGUUGGGCAGUUACACGUUUUCGUGGUAUGAUAUCAACUCAGCCAGGAUCAACACCAGAAGCAAGUUUUAAAAUAGUUUCAUUGGAAUCAGUUGAUAGUUGUAUCAGUUAUUCAGCUGGCAAUGAUUUUGGUCCAUUUGGUGAACAAGAUGAUGAACAAGUUUUUGUACAAAAAGUUGUUCCUGAAACUGAUCAAUUAUUUGUUAGACUUGCAUCAAAUGGUAAACGAGUAUGUGUUAUUCAAUCUGUUGAUGGAAGUGUUAUUAGUUCUUUUUGUGUACAUGAAUGUGAAGGAUCAAGUAGAAUGGGAUCAAGACCAAGAAGAUUUAUAUUUACUGGACAUUCAAAUGGAGCUAUACAAAUGUGGGAUCUUACAACAGCUCUUGAUCAUCAAGCUAAAAAUUUUAUUGGUGGACCAACACCUGAAGAAUUAUGGAAAUUAUUAGAUCAUUGUGAUUUAAGUAAUAGUCAUUGUUCAACACCUUGCAUAAGUCCAUGUCCAUCUGCAAUUUCAAUGAGUUGUCCUCGACUUAAAGCAAGCAAUAUUCAAUUUCUCAAUCAAUCACAAAAUGCAGAACAAGUUGCUGGUCCAAGUCAACUAUAAAUUACUAUUAUUCUUGUUCAUUAUUAUAUAUAUAUAUUAGAAAAAAAAGGCUUAAUAAAAUUAAACCUUGUUGCAUUUCAAUAUAUUAUCCUAUAAAUAUUAUCAUAUAAAAUAGUAUAUCAAAAAUGAUAUAAAAUAAAUUAGCCUAUAAUAUUAUGAUAAAUUGAUUUUAACGUGAUAAAUUUAUAAUUUUUUUUAUAGUAAGUUUAGAAAGAUCUAGGAAAAUAUAUAUUUACAUUAUGUUGUGAUAAAAAAAAUAUUAAAAUUGAUAGAAUGAUUAAAAUCAUUGGAUUAAAUUAAUCCCAAUCAAACGUAAAAAUAAUUAUUUAGCAAUUAAUUAAAUGAAAAAAAAAACUUAUUUUUUAUCAUGAUUUAAUUUGUUUUUAAAUGUAAUUGAAUUAUCAAAACAACCAAAUUGUUUUAUGGUGUUUUAAUGUAACCACAAGAUGAAAUAUAUUUUAAUAAUAUCCAAUAAA